AUGAAGACCGAUUUUAGGUUUUCCAACUUGCUAGGCACUGUCUACUGCCAGGGCAACUUGGUCUUCAGUCCAGAUGGCACCCAUCUCUUUUCACCCGUCGGAAAUCGCGUGACUAUCUUCGACUUGGUAAACAACAAAUCCCACACUCUGCCCUUUGCCCAUCGCAAGAACAUUGCUCGAAUCGGCCUCUCACCCCGCGGCAAUCUCCUUCUCACCGUUGACGAUGAGGGUCAUGCGAUCUUGACCAACGUUCCCCGUCGUGUAUCCAUCUAUCACUUCUCCUUCCGGUCGCAGGUCACAGCGCUCUCAUUUUCGCCUUCAGGGCGAUACUUUGUCGUGGGCUUGGGGCGAAAACUCGAAGUCUGGCACGUUCCUUCGACCCCGGAUACAAAUGCCGAGGGAGAGCUUGAAUUCGCCCCCUUCGUAAAGCGCCGCACCUACACCGGCCACUUCGACUCAGUACAGCAUAUCGAGUGGUCCAGCGACUCCCGGUUCUUCCUGACAGCCUCUAAGGAUUUGACGGCAAGGAUAUGGAGUGUUGAGCCUGAAGAGGGUUUCGUUCCCACCAUUCUUGGUGGCCAUAAGCAAAACGUGAUUGGUGCCUGGUUUUCCGCUGACCAGGAGACAAUCUAUACGGUCAGCAAGGACGGUGCAGUCUUCAACUGGAAAUACGUCAAACCGCUCAAUUCCGCAAAGCAAGAUGACCGUAUGGAGGAUGAUGACGAUAGCAACGAUGAAUCGGACAUGAGAUGGCGCAUUGUUGAGCGACACUACUUUAUGCAAGGUAGCGCACAUGUGCGAUGUGCCUUUUUCCACGCGGAAACCAACCUCUUGGUGGCUGGCAUGUCCAACGGGCUUUUCAGCCUUUACGAAAUGCCCGACUUCAACAACAUUCAUAAGCUCAGCAUCUCUCAAAGCGACGUCGACUUUGUAACAAUCAACCAGAGUGGAGAGUGGCUGGCUUUUGGUGCCUCCAAAUUGGGGCAGUUGUUGGUCUGGGAGUGGCAGUCCGAAUCCUACAUCCUCAAACAGCAGGGCCAUUUCGACUCAAUAAACUCCCUGGUUUACUCUCCGGAUGGACAGCGAAUCAUCACAACUGCUGAUGAUGGCAAGAUCAAAGUAUGGGAUAUUGAGUCUGGCUUUUGCAUCGUCACAUUCACGGAGCACACUAGUGCCGUCACGGCAUGCGAGUUUGCCAAGAAGGGAAACGUUCUGUUCACAUCAAGUCUUGACGGCUCAGUCCGGGCGUGGGAUCUGAUCAGAUAUCGAAACUUCCGUACCUUUACGGCCCCAACAAGGUUGUCCUUUACAUGCAUGUCUGUUGAUCCCAGCGGCGAGGUAGUUGCGGCAGGUUCACUGGACUCAUUCGAUAUUCACAUCUGGUCUGUACAGACCGGUCAGCUACUUGAUCGGUUAGCAGGACACGACGGUCCCGUGUCUGCCUUGGCGUUUACACCAAAUGGCAACUCCUUAGUUAGCGGUAGCUGGGACAGGACUGCACGAAUAUGGUCAAUCUUUGACAGAACCCAGACGAGCGAACCGCUGCAGCUUCAGGCUGAUAUUCUCGACAUUGCCGUCCGACCGGACUCCCUUCAGCUGGCCGUUUCAACUAUUGAUGGCCAGUUGACGUUCUGGUCAAUAUCAGAGGCCGAGCAGACGGCGGGUCUCGAUGGCCGCAGGGACGUGUCUGGCGGACGAAAAUCAUCAGACCGGAGAACGGCUGCCAAUAUUGGUGGCAACAAGAGCUUUAGCACAAUACGCUACAGCACCGACGGAAGCUGCCUGUUGGCCGGUGGAAACAGCAAAUACAUCUGCCUGUACUCAGUGUCGACCAUGGUGCUACUGAAGAAGUUUACAGUCAGCGUGAAUUUGUCUCUAUCCGGAACUCAAGAGUUCCUCAACAGCAAGUAUCUAACGGAAGCCGGUGCCAUUGACGAUAUCGACAUGCAAGGAGAGGCAUCCGACCGCGAAGACCGGUUCGAUGCAAGCCUACCUGGUUCGAAGCGUGGCGGAGAUCCUUCAGCUAGAAAGCGAAAGCCACAAGUUCGCGUCACAGGCGUUGCCUUUUCGCCUGCCGGAUCCGCCUUUUGCGCUGCUUCUACAGAGGGUCUCCUUAUCUAUAGCUUAGAUCACACUCUGCAGUUUGAUCCAUUUGAUCUCAACAUCGAGAUCACGCCUGCUUCAACUUUGGCAGUAUUGGAAAACGAAAAGGACUAUCUCAAAGCGUUGGUGAUGGCAUUCCGAUUAAACGAAGCUGGUCUCAUCAAGAGAGUUUUUCAGGCGGUACCGCCAGCCGACAUUCCCCUCGUCGUAUCCGAUGUCCCCAUUGUCUACGUACCAAGACUCCUCCGCUUCGUCGCUGCCCAGACAGAAGAAUCUCCCCACAUCGAAUUUUGCCUGUUGUGGAUCAAGGCGCUGGUCGACAAGCACGGCGCCUGGCUCACGGCUAAUCGCGGCAAGGUAGAUGUCGAGCUGCGAGUGGUCUCGCGUGCAGUGGUGAAGAUGAGGGACGAAAUCAGGAGAUUGGCUGACGAGAACGUGUACAUGGUGGAUUACCUAUUGGGCCAGGCCGAUAAUAAUAAGGUUGAAGAGGAGAAAAAUGGCAAUGCGACCCUGACCAGUGCACAGCAGAAGACGAUUGAUGCGGUCAUGAAUGGCGCGGCGGAGUCCGGCGAGUCUGACGAGGAUGGAGAAGAUGAGUGGAUGGGAAUGGAUUAA